CUACCCAUCGAACAACUAAUUGGCAAUUGAAAAUAAAAUAAGACGAUGCGGAUGCGUGGCCGGUAAUGGAAACGAAAUUGGCAGAUAUUUUCACUGACGGCUGACGAAAUGUUGAGCAGUGGCAAGUUCCAACUGUGUCUACUCACCUCAGCAUCAUCCUCCAACUCGGCGUCAUCGUCAUCGUCGGCACUCUUCUCAACUCCUCUGAUUCAUCCAGGAAGGUUUAACAACCUCAACCAGCGCUUCUCCUUUUCUCCGCCAUCAGGUCCGAGUUUAGAUUGCAUUCGUUGCAGUAUUUCACAAUCUCAGGCGAUGGAGAUCAAUACUGAAAGCAAGAAAAACGACGAGGUCCGCAACAGCCUCAACUUCCUCUCUGUUAGACCUUACGUCCCUCCGUCCUGGGCCUCACACCUUAAUCCCAUCCCCACUCACUUCUCUUCUCUUGCCCGUCUUCCUACUCCCAUUCACAAGUGGAAUCUUCCUAAUCUGCCCAAUAACACAGAGGUCUGGCUCAAGCGUGAUGAUCUUUCAGGAAUGCAAUUGAGUGGCAAUAAAGUCAGAAAAUUAGAAUUCUUGAUAGCAGAUGCUUUGCAGCAGGGUGCUGACUGUAUUAUAACGAUAGGAGGCAUCCAAAGCAAUCACUGUCGUGCUACUGCUGUGGCUGCAAAGUAUUUCAAUCUUGACACUUUUCUAAUUCUACGCACGUCAAAGGUCCUUGUGAAUCAAGACCCUGGAUUGACUGGAAAUCUCCUUGUUGAGCGGUUAGUUGGAGCUCAUGUCGAACUUAUCUCAAAAGAAGAGUACGCAAUAAUUGGAAGCGUGGCACUAACAGAUUUUCUAAAAUCAAAAUUAGUAGCUGAAGGAAGAAAGCCAUAUGUUAUUCCUGUUGGAGGAUCAAAUUCUCUUGGAACUUGGGGUUACAUUGAAGCAAUUAGGGAGAUUGAACAGCAACUGGAUAGUGGAAAUGACAAGAUCAAGUUUGAUGAUAUUGUAGUAGCUUGUGGCAGUGGGGGCACAGUCGCCGGUUUAUCAUUGGGAUCAUGGUUGAGUUCAUUGAAGGCAAAACUUCGUGCGUUCUCCGUUUGUGAUGAUCCUGAUUACUUCUACAACUUUGUUCAAGGUUUACUUGAUGGGCUUCAUGCCGGCAUUGACUCACGCGACAUAGUUGAAAUCCAAAAUGCAAAGGGUCUUGGCUAUGCAAUUAACACGCCUGAUGAGCUUAAUUUUGUAAAAGAAGUUGCUGAAUCCACGGGCGUUGUUCUUGAUCCAGUAUACAGCGGGAAAGCAGCUUAUGGGAUGAUGAAAGACAUGGCUGAGAAUCCAAACAAGUGGGAAGGGAGGAAGAUUCUGUUCAUUCACACAGGAGGACUAUUGGGACUGUAUGACAAAGCUGAUCAGAUAAGCUCAACGUUGGGUAAAUGGCAUCGUUUGGACGUUAAUGAGUCGCCUCGAAUUGAUGGAGUUGGGAAAAUGUUCUAGAACAACUCGGGUCCAAAAGAGAAGCCACUAUUCGUAAACGGGAGUUCCAAAAUUUCUUAUCAGAUAUUUAUUUUGUUAGGGACUCGAAUAUAUUGUUAUGUAUUAUUGAAAAUCCAAUAAUGUAUACCUUGUCUUUAUUUUGUAUUUGGUAGACAUAUCAUGAAUGUCAAUGUAUGCGCUCGGUGAAUAAGACACCCAUUGUUAUUGUGAAGGUUGAUAGCUGAAAAAAUUUAAGGAAAAAAACCUUGAAGCAAGGAAAUGUGUAGUUCGUAGUUUCUUUUGUAUUUGUAUUUUUCUAAAGACAAGAUAAUUUUCAGGGUCUUCCACUAUUCUUUAAUUUUUGUCCUUAGCGAUUCAUCGUCUUGGUCUAUCCAAGGCCUCAACGAACGAUUAGUAACUUCACAGCAAUACUAAAAUUGAACUUGAAUGGCUGUGAUCGUGAUGCACAGAUUUGAAAUGGAGCUUCUGGAGGCUUUGCGGAAUCAGAGGCUAAGGAAUGAAGGUAAGUAAAGAAUAUUUAUAAUUCUAAAGCUUAAAGAAGGCAUAUUAGCACUAUCACCGUUACAUUCCCUCCAAAUCAGGAUUAUGAUUAUUGGCAGAGAGAGCAAGAAACAGUUCACGCUGAGGAUUGCCCUACACAUGAAGAAACCACAUAACUUCUGCUGUGACACUUGCAAAAGAAUAUUUCUUCUCGCGAAGAAAACCAUCUCUGCAAAUUUCCUCUAAUAUAAGAAAGAGAGGAACGCAACAUGAAUCUGCAUUCAAUCAGAUUAGCUACAAAGUAACCCAACAAUGGAGAAAGGCGAACCAUCGAAUGUGUCGUACGAGGAAUUCGAGCCCUUCUGCAAAUGGAAAAAACUCGAAGACUCUGACGUUCUUGAGGUUCAUCUCCCAGAAUUCAAGAAAGAAGAAUUGAGGGUUCGGAUAAAAAACAACUCUAUCCUUACAAUUUCCGGCGAGCACCUGACAGCCAAAGAUGGGAAGAAGACGCUGCAAUUCAACAGAGAAAUCAAACUCCCAAAGGAUAUAUACCCAGACCAAAUUCGUGCUAAAUUCGGUAGCUCUGUUCUUUCGAUCACGAUGCCUAAGAAAGCCAGCUCGCCGGAAAUCGCCAAACCAAACCCGGACGCUGCCUCUGACGAUAAACUAACAUCAUCUAAUGAUAAUGGUAAGCCAAAGAACUUCAUAUCCAGGUUAAAAAGUCCAUUAUCGAGGUUGAAGAUUAGCAAGGAAACCGCGACGGCUAUGGCGGCGGCAGUGGUGAUUCUAGCCUUUGGAGUUUACUACCUGAUUAAAAACUAAGAAUGCGUCGAAACAUAUACAUAUAUUUCUUUGUGUGAAAUGAACUACAUACAUAGAAUCAAAUCUUUACAAAUUUCAAAAUUGGAUUCAUGAAUAAAUAAUUCAUUUGC